AGGAGAUGAAGUGCAACCCUAUCAAAGUUGUUCAUCCGUGAGCUGGUUGUAUUGUUCAAAUCAUCUUCUUAAAAUCUUUAUUUCUCAUGGGAGUACUAGAUGUAGAAGUUGCAAAGCAUCUUCUUCGCAAGAAGAACAAGAAGGAGCACAAAAUCCUAUUCGCAUGUCCUCCAAGUGAGACUACUUAUCGUCCUGAUUGCGCAGUGGUCAUGGUCUUUCAGUAGCCAGUGUAGUCGUGGGCACGAAGAGCAUCAUUGCGGACGAGAAGGAGAGGUGGACAACGACAAACGUCGACAUUUUACUUCGGAGGCGAGGACGAGUGCAGGAAGAACUUCUACAUGGCGAGGACGAGUGCAGGAAGAACUACUACAGGGCUUGAACAAUUUCAUCGAUUGCCAGAAAAGAAAUUGUGAUAACACGCACGGAAAAACCGCGCCACCAACUUCCCGAUUUUUAAGUAUGUCCACGACCCGACGCGGCGCCUCGCCGCCGCGGUCCUGGCCCCAACAUUUAAACCACAAUAUGAGAGUGUCAGAAUCGAAAUUGACAAAAUCGAAAAAUUUGUGAUGCACAAAAUCGAUGUCAGUUGGAGCCUCAGUUUCUAAGUGGCGCAUGACAAAUUUUGGGAGAAUCCAAAUCCAGUCUGUCAUGGUGUUUGGGCAAAGAAGACUCCUCCUGUCAUGCUACUCUUGCAGCACAUUGCAUACCCCUGCCAAACAGGCUCAGAAUCGGUCUCAUUUAUUUCCUGCUCCCCAAUACAGGCCUUCAGUGCCCUACAUUUUACGCAUCACAAAUUUUUUCGAUUUUGUCGAUUUCGAUCCUGACACAUCCAUACACAAGGAAAGGAAAAUGGUCAUGCAGCAGAGCAGCAUCUUCGACGACGGCGGCCCCUCAAACGCGAGCAUCUAUGACCCGAGGAGGCAAAGGGUAAGUACAGAAGUAGAUUUUGAUGAUGCAAUUGUUCCCUGCACAUACAGCAGGAGGAGCAUGAGUGCAGUCACUGAGUCAUGUCGUUUUGCAAUUCUGGUGCAUGAAGGUGCAAUGGCUGCCACGAAUACCAAUCUGUAUCAAUACUGCAGGAAGUCCUGUGGAACGUGAACAAGCAGGCCCAGGCGGAAUUCGUUCCCAACCUAGAAAUAUCCUGUGCAAAAGUAUCGCACUCGUAUAAAUGCAGGUCUUGCAUUGCAAAUAAUUUUCUUAAGGUAAAUCAGCAUGGCAAAUUUUAUUUUUCAUGCUGAGAAAAUUUGUAAUGCAUUUAUACAAGUACGAUACUUUUGGAGUUCAUAAGAAAUGCCAACCGCCCAGCAAAUAAAGAUCGCGCACUCGGUAUCAGGGUGUCAGGAUCGAAAUCAACAACAUCAAAAAAUGUGUGACUGUGAUGCACAAAAUCGGUGCUAGUUUAGAGAUAGAAACGCUGUCUGUAGUCGGCGCAUGACAAAUUUCCCCCGUCCUGGAAAAGCGGAUCUGUCAUGCGUUUGACGCAAAAGAGCUCCCUUCUGUCAUGCUAGUCAGCACCAGCCUGACCCUUACCAGGGCUAUAAUCUUCCGCCUUCAUCCUUGCAUCCUCUGCAAUAGAGUCGCUGUUUGUGUCGCACUUUAAUUAUGCGUUACAGAUUAUUUCGACUUUGUUGAUUUCGGUCCUGACGCUUCCAUACUCCGGGGGGCAUGGACUGAUCUGCGGCGAUAUGAACUGCAAAAGUAUCGUAUUCGUAUAAAUGCAUUACAAAUUUUCUCAGCAAGAGAAAUAAAAUUUGUCAUGCUGAUUUACCUUAAGAAAAAUAUUUGUAAUGCAAGGCUUGCAUUUAUACGAAACGAGUACGAUACUUUUGCACAGGAUAGGCGACGGGAUUUCCGAACGGGAUGCAAUAUGAAUUGCAAAUAUGUCUCGGUCUGGAAAAUUUCAACUUGUCAUGCUAAAUCCGAAUCAUGCAAAAAUCUGUGUUGCAUGAGUGCAAAAAGCUGUCGACUUUCGACCAAGUUGGGAGGGAGUUUCUCAUGCAGGGUAUUAGGCAUGACAGUGACCUCACAGAGUCUGUCGUGCUAGAUCCCGCAUUCCAGACCUCAGGGGUCAUGGAAACCCUGCAUGACAAGUUUACAGUCCUCCAGACCCAGACAUAUUUGCAGUUGAUAUGCGAAGAGGAAGUCCGAAUUGCAGCUGCUCCCGGGAGGGCACGCAGCAAGCUCGUCCAAGGUGAGAAAUAUCAAAAGUUUGUGUUUGUGAUGCUACAAAAAAUAAAAUAAAAUUUUCGCAUGCCCGAUAAAGUAAAAAACGAAGAUGACAGUUCAAACUAUCUCAGGAAGGACGCGACUUUUGGGAGGCUAGUAGGGCGUUCGGGGCUGCAGCGAGCAAAGGUGACUAUGGGAGUGUCCUCAGGAUUGAACUCGACAAAGUUGAAAUAACUUGUAAUGCAUAAAAUGGAUACCAGUUGGAAUCCCAAUUUCUAAGCAGUGCAUGACAAAUGUAGGCACCGUCUAAAUCCAGUUUGCCAUGCUGUUUGAGGACAGAAGGCGUCUUUUGAGAUGCUACUUUAGCAGCUCUAUCGCAGACCCCAAACAGGCUGACAGUCGGCCCCACGUGCCAUCCCUGCAAGAGAGACACUUCACGCCUUGCAAUUUAUGCAUGAGAAAUUAUUUCAACUUUGACGAUUUCAAUCCUGACGCCCCCAUAGUGACCGCAUGACCUUUAACGGGGCCACAACGGUCCCGCCCAAAAACACGAACAUCGAGGCGGCAAGGGUGCUUAUUAAAUGUAAAAAUGUCUGGGUCUGGUUCUGGAAGAAUGCAAGUUUGUCAUGCUUGUCUGGCAUGACUCGAGAAUCUGUGUUGCAUAGGCACGAAAGGGCCCUCUUAUCUGUCAUGCAAAAACGCAGUUUGCCAUGCGAAAUACGUAAGACAUGGCAGCCAAAAAAUUUGUCAUGCAUAGCAGCGCAUACGCAUUGCAGUGCGUCUAUCAUUCUCAUUCAUUUCUAGCAUGACAAGUUUCCAGACCCAGACAUUUUUGCAGUUGAUAGUGCUGCGGCAGAGACAACACAACUCGACCGUGUUUGGGGUAUGAUUUGAAAUUGAAUUUGUUCUGGUUGUUUCUUUCGCAAGAACAUGAGUUCUAUGUUUCGUAUACGUAGUAGACGGAUCGUGAGUGUAGUUGCAGUCGCUGCUGUGAUGUGUAAGUACGUGUAGUGAAUAAAAGCAGCUUAUGUGAUGUGAUCAGGAGAGAUGAACUCCAUCUUCCUUCUUCUCAGGCCGACUUCGAUCCGAGCACGAAAGCGCGUUCUGCAGAAGGUUUUGACCACGGGUGGCAUGAGGGGAUAAUAAGCUCUGCAGCAACAUAAGUAUCGUACAACUAGUAUGAAUUGCAUUACAAAUUGACUUCGCAUUAAAGAUCAAAUUUGUAAUGCGGAUUUGCCGUAAGAAAAAGAUUUGUAAUGCAUAAACGCCAUUAGUACAACAAGGGCGAUACUUGUUUCGCAAUGCAUAGAUAAACCUCGAAGACAGCUUGAUCCCCGCCAACGCGAACUUUCUCGCGCACCCAUAUCCUGUGCAAAAGUAUCGUACUUGUAUUGCAGUCAUGCAUUACAAAUCUUUUCCUUGAGGUGAAUCAGCAUUACAAAUUUUAUUUCUCAUGCUGAGGAGAUUUGUAAUGCAUUUAAAUUUAUACGAGUACGAUACUUUUGCACAGGAUAACCCAGUGAAAGUAUCAACCGCAAAAAUGUCUGGGUCUGGAAGGAUGCAACUUGUGAUGCUGCAUUUGGAUGUCUAAAAAAUUUGUGUUGCAACGAGCAGCAAAAGGAGCCUAAUUUUUGCUAAGCGGUGGAGAAGGCAUUUGUCAUGCGGAAUAGGCAUCAGCAAGCCCUCUAAAAAUCUGCGAUGCUAAAUCAUGCAUUAGAGGCACCAUGGAUCAUACAAAAUAUGCAUGACAAGUCUCAGACUCUUCCACACCCAGACACUUUUGCACUUGAUAGAAGGCCAACCGCGACGCGGAGAAGUCCGCGGCAGAGCGGUUUAUGGAUUGCAAAAAUGUGUGGGUCUGGAAAGAUGCAACUUGUCAUGCGCAUUUUAUAUCAUGAAAAAAUCUGUCAUGCUCGGGGAGCAAAAGCAGCGAGCCCCUUUUCUGGUCUCCGAAAGAAGGGAUUUGUCAUGUGGAUUAGGCAUUGAGAGUCCUGCCCAAAAGAACCUGUGUUGCUGGGGCUUGCAUGCCAGACUUUCUGUGUGACGCAGACUCUGCAUCACAAACAUUUGCAAUCUUCCAGACUCAGACUGACAUAUUUGCAUUUGAUACGGUUCUAUCCUGUGCAAAAGCAGCGCACAACUCGCGCAAAUUGCAGUCUGGCAUGACGAAUCUGCUUGCUUAUUUUACCUUAAUCUGCAUGACUAUCACGAUUUAUAUUUUGUGAGGAAAUUUGUCAAGCAAAAAAUGCAUCAAGCUGUACCUCCUAGAAAAAGUGCGAUCUGCGCGAUCGUUUUGCAAUGCAUAGGUUCCACGGGAAUUUGCACUCCCGGGAAGUGGAAGGUGAGAUGCACGAGCGGAAAAAAUUCGAACCGCCUGAAGACCCGAGAAGACACAAGGAGAAAAACUUCUCGGACAUUUUCGGUAUAACGACCUGGCUUCUAUCGCUUUUGUGAUUUUUAUUUUUUUUCACACACGGACACGACACCUUUGAAGGCAUUUUUUACCAUUCUUAUUUUUUUUCUGGUAGUUUCGUAGUUUGUCGUGCGUGCUGCCGUGCUUAUUCGCGAACAAGAUGAACCGACGAAAUCGAUUUAAUAACGUGUACUUUGCUAGGUCCCGUCGACCCGAAUCUUCAUCGAAAAAAAGUGGUCCAGCGCGAGGAAGCCCUCGGUACCUUAUCGCAAGAAAAAACUGGCUCAGUCUCAACUUGCAAUUUAUGCAGAACUUCUUCCAGCAGACGACUGUUUGUGAUGCUGAGGACAUGCAACAAGAAGUGCGCCUUUGCGUUCUAAAGCCUCAGAGUUUUUUUGAUUUUAUUGCUGAGUCUGCAUAUACAGGUUUGAGACUGAGACAAUUUUUUCUCAUGAGAUACCUACCCAGCCGACCACUACCACAUCAAGUCAGAAAUUUCCGCGAGAAACCUCACCGGGCACCGAUCAGACGACUUUAAAACGGCGAGAGAAAUAUGCAUUGCAAAUAUGUCUGGGUCUCUGGAAAUUUGUAAUGCUAAAUGUGAAUGAGAGUUCCACUGCAAUACGGAGCCAAGCAUGACAAAUUUUUGGGCUCCUAUGUGUUGCGUGUUUCGCAUGGCAAACUGCGUUUUUGCACGACAGGCAAAGGGGCCGCUUCGUCCUCAUGCAUCACAGAUUCUUGAGUCAUGUCAGACAUGCAUGACAAACGUAGCAAUCUUCCAGACCCAGACACAUUUGCAUUUGAUAAGAAAGGAAGAUGCACAACAUGUUCGGAAAUGAACACCAUGUGUUUGGCAGCUAUGCAUUGCAAAAGUAUCGCACUCGUGGUAAUUGCAGUCAACAUGCAUUGCAUUUGCAAAUCCUUGUCUCAAGGUAAAUCCGCAUUACGAAUUACAUUUCUCAUGCUGAGCAAAUUUGUAAUGCAUUCAUACGAGUGCUAUACUUUUGCAGUUCAUAGCAGCGGCAUGACGGCAAAUUUAGCGGAGGUGCCGGAGCGACGGUCCAGCGCAAUAAACGAGUUUGUGUACUUAUAGAUAAGUACACAUUGUGAUGGUUUUUUCUCUUCUUGAUUGUUGAAUUAUGCAUACUGUGCUAUGUUGUUCCUCAAUCCUCAUGGAACAAGUGCUUGUCAUGCCGUUCUUCUUGCACCCCAUGACACAAAAAAUGCACUUGACAACAUCAUGCACCCGACGACCGUAUCAAUUAUGAAAACAGUGCCUGCAGUGCCAUCCGCGACGGCAUGUCUCAGGCGGCGGAGGUUCUGCGCGAACAGCGGGCGAUGCCCGCCUCUUCCCGACCGCAAACGCACCACGGUAUGAAAUGCAAAACAAGAAGUAUCGCACUCGUACUAAUUGCGGUUAUGCAUUACAAAUUUGAUUUGUAAUGCUGAGCCAAUUCGCAAUUCAUACUAGUUCUAGUACGAUACUUUUGCAAUGCAUACAAGGCCGGAAAGUGCAAGAAUUGUCCGGCAACGGGUAUGUUUCGCAGCUCUCCGAAAAAGACUAUGUCCAGUCCUCCAAAUAUGGAAGCGUCAGGUUUGCAAUAGCAAUCGUCAAAGUUGAAAUAAUUUGUAAUGCAUAAAAUGCAUGACCCGAGGUACGUGUGUUGCAGAGCAGGCAAGUGAGGCCGAUUGUAAGCCUGUUUGGGGUUGCAGCUCGAGCUGCUAAAGUAGCAUGAGAAAAUCGCCCUUCUUUGCCUAAACAGCAUGAAAAACUGGAUUUAGGGACCACCGAAAUUUAUCAUGCGCCACUUGGAAACUGGGUUCCAACUGGCAUCCAUUCUAUGCAUGACAAACCAUUUCAACUUUGUCGAUUUCGAUCCUGACACAUCCAUACCAAAGCUCGGCAGCUCGGUAUUCUGAAGAACCAAGACGAUGGCAGCUGGGUGACGCACGCCGGACAGAAAGCCUGGCGCGGGGCGCAGGGGGAAAUUAUUGUGGGUCCGAGCGAAAAAAUGUUAAACGGCGCGGUGGACGAUAUGCCGAGGGUAUGGCAUUCUAAAUUGUUACAUUCUCAACUGUUACAUGAAUUUGCAAUGCAAGCAUAGCAAAAGUCAAAGGGGGAGGAUUGCACCACUAGCAUUACAAAUUCCGCACAGAUUUAAAUGUUGUGUAGCCCUUCGGGAAUUUGUCAUGCGAAGUCGCUGCGCCGUGUGGAUGAUGAUGUUGGUUUUGCAUGACAAAUCGUGUAACAGUUGAGAACAUAACGUUUGAGAACGCUACAGAGGGAAUUGCCCGGGUACGGUCCUGCCGACACGCGGAAGCAGUUGGAAUUGCGGGGAAACUUUUGAAGAAAAUUUUUUCGGUAAGAUAAGUAACUCAUUUUAGACACGAAAUGUAAAUUAUGUCGCUUCCUGCUUUCCCUCAUCUGAUCAUCGACAUCGUCCAUGCCUUCUAUACAUUAGGUUCUGGCAUGAUUGAAGAUGUUGUUGAUGAACUGUAAGGACUACUAUUAACGCUAUGUUGAACAAGUUCCUUGUCCUUCUGUACAUGGAUGAACAGCUCAAUGGUUGGUUUUGCUUGAAUAACGUGCUCGAGUCGAGCUGGUGCUGGUACUCACCAUGAUAGAAAACACGACGACCCUUCGUCACAU